AUGUGAAAGCAAGGAAUUUCUGAAAGCAAUAAUCAGCCUGAACUUAUAAAACACGAGUUUUCUAAUGAAAUUCCUCAAAGCAGUAACCCAGAUAUUUUUACUUCCACAGAAGAGAAAAACCUAGAAGCAAAAGCCCAGACAACAGGGAAAACGAAACUAUCAGACAGUGUAGGUUAUUCUAAAGACUUUGAGGAAGCAAAAAAUGAAGAAAUUCAUACCAAGCCUGCACUUAGCGAAAAUAUUAAAGAAGGCAUCACCUCAGCAAGUGAAGAAGAAAUUAAACCAAAAAUUGAAUUGAAAGAAUGAUCUAAUAACUCUAAAGAAGAGAAAAAAGAAGAAAUUUUUGAGCUUCCACCAGUCAAAACUUUUACUGCAGGCACAAGCCAAGAAGAAAUUAAGACUGAAAUAGAAGUGAAAAAGGGCAAAAAUCUGAGCCUAAACAGCAAAGGAUAUUCUAAUAGCUCCAAAAAAGACACAAAGGAAACUCCUGCUAAGAAAGCUGCACAAAAAGUAGAAAUAGAGACCAGCUCAGAUAGCGAAGAAGAAUUUACUCCAAAAAAAGGAGAAGAGUCAAGCUCAGACAGUGAAGAAGAGCCAAACCAGACAGAAAAGAAAAUAAUUUGAGAUAUAUCCUAUGGUACUGGCCCAGUCACAGAAAUUUUCGUAGGCAAUUUGUCUUAUCAAACUAAAUCAAGUGAUCUCGACAACUUUUUCUCUAGAUGUGGAGAAGUCUCUAGUGUUAAACUUCUCUAUACCUCAGAUGGAAAUCCUAAAGGGAUAGCAAACGUGAGCUUCACUAAUAUAGAAUCUACAAAUAAAGCCCUUGAACUAAACGGUGCAAUAUUUAUGGGAAGAAACCUCAGAGUUUUACCAUCAAUUAGCAAGCCUCUAAGCUCAAGAAUUGCUGAGAUAAGCCCAAGCCAAGAUGAGCCUGAAGAGCAAGCAGAUGCUAGGCUGGGGAAUGGCAAAUCAACCACAAUUUUUGCUAGAAAUCUUUCAUAUGCCUCAACAAUUGACUCCAUAAGAAAAUUUUUUGAGAUUUGUGGGGAAAUCAAAGAUAUAAGAGUUGCAUUGGAUUCUGAAGGAAAUCACAAAGGGUUUGCGUUUAUUGAGUUUUUCAACAUAGAAGCUGCAGAAAAAGCGAUUGAACUGAAUGGGAGAAAAUUUGAUGGAAGAAUAAUUAGUUUGGAUUUUUCGGGAAACUCAACUUCUAACUCCUUCUUGUCUAGUGAGAAACCCUUUUUAAGAAAAUUAACCAUCUAAUUAAAGCGUAAAUGCAUUUUAAUAUGUUUUUUUAAGCAUAAAUAUGCUUUAUAAAUUAAGUAUUAUGAUAAUGUCAAAUAUAGAAAUUGCCCGAUGAUGGCGUAUUGAGCGCCAUCGGGCAAUUUCUAUACAUUAAUAUAUAUCAGAUUUUAUUCAAAUAUUUAUUGCUUAAAAUCCAAAAUAUAAUUAAUCCUCUCUAGUUUAGAGCAAUAAAAUCUUGCUUGCUUGUCAAUAGGGAGCAAGGAAAUCUCUAUUUAG